UCUCAUUUUUCAUACAACGUGCUUAUUUUGCGUACUGCGUAACUUUUGACGAGAAAAAGUAACCUUUUUCUUUCCAAUUUAAUUCCAAGAAAUGUUAAUAAAAUUAAAAAAAGAAAAAACUAAUUUAAAUAGAAGAUAUAUUUAAAGUAUAUAAUAAAUCAAAUACAAACAAAAUAUAAGUGAGAAAUCUUGAUUGUUUCUUCAUCGGAACAAAACUUGUAACCUAAAAAAAAAGUGACCACCGAAGUAAAAACUUCUGCAACGUUGAUUCUUUUUUUUUCAAAUAGAGAAAAAAAGAAAAAUUAUAAAAAAAUGUCUGUGUACAGUGCAAAGACAGGAUUGUCAUCAAUUCUAAAAUCAUACGCCCCAACCGAAAGGGAAAAGACCAAAGCAGCUAUAAUCAAUAAGGUCCGAUUCCGAGAUGUGCGGAGUCUCAAAGAUGCAAUGACAUCCAUGCGGGAGCAGAAUAAUUUCAUGCUUUUAAAUGAAUAUGCUGUUUAUUUGAAAGAGUCGACAUUGAAUGAAGCUGAUUUCAUUCGAGUCAUUUCAGAGGCACAUUCCAUGGUUCACCUUCUAACCCCAAAAUUCGCAACCAUCGCUGAAAAUCUCCUCUCAUUACCAUGGACCAACCGCAGCAGCGAAGCAAUCCAAAAAUACCAAGACUUCUUUGUCGAUCUUCUGGUAGCUCAAAUAAAAUACGUGCAAUUUGCAAUUUCCAAAUUGAUUGUCCUUUGGAUUCCCACCGACAAUGAUACAGCUCGCUGGCCAAAUGGCACUCCCACUGAAGAAAAAAAAGCUGAAUUGCAGGCAGUUCAUAAGCUCUUGGCACGCAUUCUCUCCAUCAUUCCAAUAACAUUUGAUGUAAUAUUGGAAUAUGUGGAAUUUUCAUUUCCCUACUAUAAGAAACCAGCUCACGUUGUAGCUGGAUAUAUACACAAUGUGUUGUGGCUAAUGGAAUACCAACCAGCCCUAACUGAACACCUGAUACAAGUGUUGGUUCAAAAACUACUCAUUCUUGAUGUAAAUGCACCACGAAGUGAAAUUGAAGAAGCUGAAUUUGAGGAAGAAAAUGAAGACGACAUGGAUGAUGAUGAAGAUAAUGAUGAGGAAAUGUUUAAAAUGGAAGAUGCAACAAUAACCACAACAACGACACCACAAGAAACUCGUGAAAUUCUACCAAUGACCCAUCCAAUUGCCCAUACUUUGGAUAUGUGCAUGGAGAAAAUGUAUGCAUUCUUUGAUCAAUUUAAUCCUAAGAAAGAACUAAUUGCGAAUGAAGGUGAUAAAAUCCCCAAAACACUUUCUCAUGCUCUGGAGUUUUUGAAGUGUCUUGAAGAGGCUUUCAAUAAUGUGAUAUUGCCCAGUCAUAAUACGCAUCAUGUACAAUUUUUAGUAUUUUAUUUUUGUAGUUUUAAGAAUAUCCUUGGUGAGAAAUUCCUUGAAUUUCUUUGGAAUAAAAUGAAAGAUCCCAACGAAUCGGCAAUAAUACGUCAAGCGAGCGUAGGAUAUAUUGCUAGCUUCUUAGCUCGAUCAAAAACAUUGCCUCUAGAGGUAUUGAAAAAUUAUCUUAAGGAUCUCUGUGAAUGGGCACAUCAAUACAUUCAACGCUGUGACCAAUAUCGUGCUAAUGGCACUCUUAAAGCCAAUUUGGUGUUCUUUUCAGUUUGUCAAGCAAUUUUUUAUGUGAUAGCUUUUCGCAGCAGAGAUUUGACUGCGGAUAAAAAAGGUUUGCUUUUCCUUCAAUCUCUCCAACUCUCCGCAUUGGUGACGUGUAAUUUCAACCCUCUGCGAGUGUGUUUGCCAGCUGUAGCAACAGCAUUUGCUGGUGUCACAAGAGCCUAUCAAUUGGCUUAUUGUCAUGCGAUAUUAGAACGAAAUGCCCGACGUAAAUUGGCAACAGUUUAUGCCAAUGAAAAAUCUACCCCCGAAGAAGCUUUGGAUACAUUUUUCCCCUUUGAUCCGUAUCUAUUGAAAAUGUCCGGUAAAAGAAUUCAACCAAACUAUUUGCAAUAUCAGCCAAAUGAAUGUGAAGAUGAUUCAUGUUCUGCUGUGACAAAUGUUAGCGCCGCCGCCACUGAUAGACUUCGCAAACGAGGUGAUUCUGAAAUGGCUGAUGAUAUUGAUGAUUUUCUAAUUGCCGAUAAGCGGCAGAAAUUAAGUGAAUUGGCGAGAAGUCAUGAGGCUCAGUUUACUUAUGGAUUAUCUCCUGGAUUUCAUACUUAAAUAAUGAAAUAAAUACAUGAACAAAAUUAAAAGGAGAUAAACAUCCAUGGUGCUUCAUCAUUUAAAGAGACUCAACUUAUUUAAGAAUUAAUUUUUUUUUAUUUUUACAAACAAAUUUAUACAUUUAUAUAACCUAAAUAUUUUUUGUG